GUACAUUCUGCUGCUUUUUUGACCACUUUCUGGUCAAUUUGUCCUUUUCGGAGGAACAUUGACAUCAAAAUUCGAGUACAGAGUAAGGAAAUUGGUUAAUUAACACAAUUUAAGUCAUUAAACUUGCUGCCUUUUGAACCGAAGAGAGGAGUUAAGAACCAGUGAAACCAGGUGCCUUCUAGAGCAGAAAAAUGAGUCAAUCUCUGGGAAGAAAGCAGAAGUCCAAUUUGGAUAAGGCGAUUGACAAAAUAUUUUUUGAAAAGCAAGAAGGCCGUCUGUGCGGACAACAUUGUCUCAAUAAUGCAUUGCAAUCUCAAAUGUUUGACGCCGUCGAUUUGUCCACUAUUGCUCAAACGUUGGAUGAAGAAGAGCGGAAACGAAUGGCAGAAUUUGGAACAAAAACCAAGGAAUACCAGGAAUUUAUGCGUAAACCGUCCUCAAACUAUGAUGACUCUGGUUAUUUCAGCAUUCAAGUUUUGACACAAGCCUUGAAGAAUGUUAACUUGGACAUGAUCAACUGGAAAUCUGAUGAUGUGCGUGCAGUUUGUGCGAGAAAAGAUCCGACGCAGGAACGGCUCUUUAUUUGUCACAUGGAUGAUCAUUGGCUGGCCAUUCGACGCCUUGGUCCGCAAUGGGUCAAUGUUAACUCCAUGCUAAAACGACCUGAAUUAUUGACUGACACUUAUCUCGCCAUUUAUCUUCAAACUAUGCAAGCAGAAGGCUACAUAAUUUUCACGGUGUUUGGUGAAUUACCAGAAUGUGACGCUGAGAGUGCAUUCAAGUCCUUACGCCGAGACCAAGAUGGGAAGUAUAUUGAUGAAUUGAUGGAAACUCCUGGACAUCGACUUGGCUCUACACGCUCUGAGGUGCUCGAACUUCCGGGAGGUGGGCCAGCAGAACCAAAAAAUUCUACAGAAGACAUUCGCAAACAGAGGGAACAAUUUCUUCAACGCUUCAAUAAAUCUUCUGCAGCUGCAUCAUCCGGUGAUUCUCCUAAUUCUUCUAUCAAAUAAAAACUACUCGAGUCACAAACUAAACCAUCCAAUGCCUUAUAAAAGGUUUAUGUCUAUAUAGCAAGACUAUUUCCGUAAAGACUAUUUUGUUUACCGUUUUUGUAUACAAACUUUCAGUAUAUUCCGUAAUAUGAAGGGUAAUGUAAAAUCUUUAUUCGGACAAUAAAAAUAACAGGAGCUCAAUCCAUUAA